AUGCUGUCCGUUAACUCGUCCAACUUUCCGCGUGGCGUUCCCACCGCCUCCUUUACUUCGCCGCUCAUGGAUUGUACGAGUGCCAUUCAUAACUCAGACAACAUUCAAAAAGGCGCGCCAUGUUACAUCACGGCAAAGGGUGCCGCCACUCUAGCAGCUAUGGGGAAAGGUAAGGGAUUGACACUUGCCAUUGAAAAACCGCAGACGCCUGUGCUUCCGCUGCAACGCACGAAUAAUCCGUACGCAGGUACGUCUGCAGACGGCUCUCCCUGCGUCCCCAGAUCUCAAUUUUCCACAGAAACGAUUUUUGUGAUGUCAUACAAGGAGGAAGAGGCAAGACGCUUGACUACAGUGCCGUCGACCUCCAACGAGCCAAGUGUGGUGGUAACGGCAGCGCAAAACAACACCGGUGUGGCACAGGGUCAUGUCAACAAGACCAACCUACCGCCUGCCCCCCGGAACGGAACAAUGACGCAAUCCGCCUGCUGGUUCCCACCUUUCAAGGCGGAUGCUGCUGCAGCACCCACUGCUACACGGAGCAAUCGCACGGGUGCGGUGUCAACGCCGUCCUCAAGUCGCGCCGCAACAAGGCGUGUGGAGAUUUGGAAUGCCCGUAACAAUACUUCGGCCCAUUCAACCCUUGCCAGUACUUGGGAUGCCCCAGCGACAAAAACGGAUUCAGUAACGCAUGUCCGAUGCAGGCGUAUAUACGUCAACGGACGCCCCAUGACUGUGUGGCUUAAAGAGGAUGAACAAUAG